GCGACCAAGUCUAAGAAGCCCAUUGCGGUGUCUGUGACGCUGAUGGACGGACGCACCAUCAGCCUGCCUGUAGACUCCGCCUCCACCUCCAAGGAGAUCUGCCAGUUACUCUCUGAGAAGGUCUCCCUCAAAGACACCUUCGGCUUCUCUCUCUACGUGGCUCUCUAUGAAAAGGUAAGCAGUACUAUUAUUAGGAGAAUAGAUCCCCCACCUGUACUGUUUUACUCUGACCUCUACUUCCAGAAAGGUCUUUGAGACACCCUGAUUUCCAAAUCGACCCCUAGGCCCUCCUGUACAUCCGAGGUUUUAAUCGAUAUGGCACUGGCUUCACCUUUGCCUUCUGAUAGGCUGAAUUACAUUUUGGCCAUGUUGCUGACCUCUUCAGAUCCACAGGAGUGUCUAGGGAUGAGAGACGGGGGCUCGAUUUGGAAUUGAGCAACUGUCUGGUGGACCGAUGUGACAGGGUUCUUAGUGUCGGUGUGUGUGUUUAGUGCAAUGUCAAUUGAGGUGUCUCUUGGUCCCACCCCCCUCCAGGUGUGGUCGCUGGGCAGCGGGCGGGAGCACGUGAUGGACGCCAUCUCCCAGUGCGAACAGGAAGUGAAACGGAAAGGUGGGCAGGAGCAGCACGCCCCCUGGCGACUCUACUACAGGAAGGAGAUCUUCACCCCGUGGCACGACUGCAAAGAGGACUCUGUCAGCACAGACCUCAUCUACAGACAG